CAGUCCACUCACAUUGGUGUUCCGGGGUCGGUCGGUCAGUGUACACAGUGAACAAAUUAUCAUUGUGUACCAUUUUACUUUUUCUAUUCACAUAGUUAGUACGCGGACCUGUGAGGGGAAGUGUGAGGGUUUUUUCAGAAGGAGAGACGCUUUGAAUACGGCACCAAGAGGACGUCUGUGAAGAUGAACUUCUUCAGAGGAGUGAUGGGUGGGCAGGCAGCCGGGCCGCAGCCUACCGAAGCGGAGACGAUCCAGAAGUUGUGUGACCGGGUAGCUUCCUCGACGCUCCUAGAAGACCGCAGAGAUGCUGUCCGUGCUCUUAAAUCCCUCUCUAAGAAAUAUCGCAUGGAAGUUGGAACACAGGCGAUGGAUCACUUGAUCAACAUACUGCAAACUGAUAGGUCUGACUCUGAAAUCCUUGGCUAUGCUUUGGACACACUAUACAACAUCAUCUGCAAUGAUGAGGAGGAAGAGCAAGAUGAAUCAGAAGACGCAGUGUCUCAUAACCCUGUCUCAGGGAAGCAUACGAAUGUUUCCAUGCCUGAUGAGGCUGCCCAGAAGCAGGCAGAUGACCUGGGUGCCCAGUUCACAGAGAAAUUUGUUCAGGACCCUGAGCAUGUGACCCUGCUUCUCACUAUGUUGGAGGAGUUUGACUUCCAUGUGCGUUGGCCCGGGGUGAAGCUAUUGACUGCUCUCCUGAAGAACCAGGGUGUCCAGGUCCAGGGUAUCAUUCUCGUCAGCCCCAUGGGUGUUUCUAGAUUGAUGGACCUAUUGGCAGACUCUAGAGAAGUCAUUCGCAAUGAUGGCUUGCUGUUGCUUCAACAGCUGACCAAAAGCAAUGCUGCCAUUCAGAAAAUUGUGGCAUUUGAAAACGCAUUUGAGCGUCUUCUAGACAUCAUCACAGAAGAGGGCAGCAGUGAUGGAGGUAUUGUGGUAGAGGACUGUUUGCUGCUGCUGCUCAACCUGCUAAAGAACAACAGCUCCAAUCAGAACUUCUUCAAGGAAGGCUCCUACAUUCAGAGAAUGAAGCCCUGGUUUGAGGUCGGUGAUGAUAACUCUGGCUGGUCUGCUCAGAAGGUCACUAACCUCCAUCUCAUGCUGCAGUUGGUGCGAGUCAUGGUGUCUCCAGUGAACUCUCCUGGAGCUACAGCCAGCUGUCAGAAGUCCAUGUACCAGUGUGGCCUGCUGCAGCAGCUGUGUACCAUCCUCAUGGCCACUGGUGUGCCAGCUGACAUCCUCACAGAGACCAUCAACACUGUGUCAGAGGUUAUCAGAGGCUCACAGGUCAACCAGGACUACUUUGCAUCUGUCAACGCCCCCUCAAACCCACCAAGACCAGCCAUCGUGGUGCUGCUCAUAUCAAUGGUGAAUGACAGACAACCAUUUGUGCUUCGCUGUGCGGUCCUGUACUGUUUCCAGUGUUUCCUCUACAAGAACCAAAAAGGCCAGGGGGAGAUUGUGGCUACGCUACUGCCCUCCACCAUUGAUGCCAAUUCCAUCUCCGCCGGCCAGCUGCUGUGUGGAGGACUGUUCUCACCAGACUCUCUGUCCAACUGGUGUGCUGCUGUGGCCUUGGCACACGCCCUGCAGGACAACCUCACCCAGAAGGAACAGCUGCUGAGGGUUCAACUGGCCACCAGUUUGGGAAAGCCCCCUGUUUCCCUGCUGCAGCAGUGCACCAACAUCCUCUCGCAGGGAGAUAAGAUCGCCCGCCGGGGUAGUAAAGUGCAGACCAGGGUGGGCCUCCUCAUGCUGCUGUGUACAUGGAUCAGCAACUGUCCGAUAGCUGUCACGCACUUUCUACACAAUCAGGAAAACGUUCCCUUUCUGACAGCACAGAUCUCCGAGAACUUGGGAGAGGAUGAAAGGCUAGUGCAGGGCCUGUGUGCGCUGCUGCUCGGCAUCUGUAUCUAUUACAACGACAACUCGCUGGAAAACUACACCAAAGAGAAGCUAAAGCAGCUCAUCGAGAAGAGGAUUGGAAAGGAAAACUUUGUAGAGAAACUGGGCUUCAUCACUAAGCAUGAGCUGUACUCGAGGGCGGCUCAGAAGCCGCAGCCCGUCUUCCCGUCUCCAGAGCAGAUGCUGUUCGACCACGAGUUCACCAAGCUGAUCAAAGAACUGGAGGGUGUGAUCACCAAAGCGGUUCACAAAUCCAGUGAGGAGGAGAAGAAGGAAGAGGAGGUGAAGAAGACAUUAGAGCAACAUGACAACAUUGUAACUCAGUAUAAAGAGCUGAUCAGGGAACAGGAUGCUCAGAUCCAGGAGCUGAAAGAGCAGGUGAAGUCCAUGUCAUCUCAAAAUGAACAGAUGCAGGCUACAGUCACCCAGCAGCUGUCCCAGAUCCAGCAGCACAAAGAUCAGUACAACAUCCUAAAGCUAAAAUUAGGUAAGGAGAACCAGAGUCAGUCCAACAGCCAGGGAGACGGCUCCCAGCUGAACGGGCUGCAGACGGAGGAGCUCACACAGCUCAGAGAGGAGGUGGAGGAGCUCCGCAAACAGCACACACUCCUUCAGACACAACUCGGGGACAAAGACGCACUCAUCAACACCCUGAGGUCGCAGACAGCAGAGAGUUCAGCGGGAGGAUCGGAGAACACAGAGCUGCUCAAGGAGCUGGAGGCUCUGAGGAGUCAGGUCCAGUCCCAGUCUGCAGAAAUCAACCAGAUGAAGACAGAGAGACAAGAGCUGCUGAGAAGAGCUGAAGCUGCGACCUCAGACGCAGUCCCCAGCAGUGACGGCUCAUUAGACGCCGCCAAGAUGGCUGAACUAGAGAGCAGACUCGCAGCCCAGACGACUGAGACAGAGAGACUCAAGGAGGAAGCAAAGAAGUCGUCGGAGGGCCGAGCUGAGCUGGAGCAGCAGCUGGCUUCAGCCACCAGCACGGUGGCCAUCCUGCAGACGGAAAAAGCAAAGCUGCAGACGGAGGUGCAAGAGUCCAAGAAGGAGCAGGAUGACCUGCUGAUGCUGCUGGCGGACCAGGACCAGAAGAUCCACAGCCUCAAACAGAGACUUAAAGACCUGGGAGAGACGGUGGAAGAUGAAGAUGACCUCGACGCUAGGGAUCAAACAGAUGACGAUGAGGAGGAUGAAGAUGAGGACUAGAGGAAAUAAACACUGAAAGAGUGAAAAAAGGAGCGAUGGGAAGUUGUUUUCCAGCAGGCAAGAAAAGACACCUGAGAAACAAAAGCAUAGGACUAAUAUAUUGAAGAUGUUUCUCUUUCCAGCUGCCAUGACAUGUUCAUAUUUCUUUUCCCCUUCUGUCACAUCACAUUUACAUGUUAGUCAUUUGGACUGUUUUUGAUGAUGUGGUUCUUCGGUUUUCAGUGACAGCUAAAAACACGUCAGUGCAUUCAUCUCUGCCCUUUUACCGUCAGGUUUUGAUGGAUUUUUACCAGUCUUGUGUUUAUUGUAAUGUAUUGUCAUAAAAAAAAUGCUAGGUUCAUUUUGACACACAAGUCAUCUGGGAAAUUUAGAGAUGAGGAUUUGAAAUGUAGCAAAAUUGCAAUUAUAAGCAGAUGUGAGAUUAUUCUCAUUUCAUCAUAAAGAUGCUGCCAGAGCUCUUUUGGCUUUUUCCCAUCCUGCUCUGCUGCUCUCACCAAACUUAAGAUGCACCUACAGCAGUAAGAUCACCUGCAACAUGUCACUGUGCUGUGCCCUGACCUCACACCCCCAAUCAGUUGGAGUGUUACACUAUUUCAACACUCAAGAGUUGUUUCAUUUCACUUUGACGACACACCCUAUCUGCUCUACAAUAUGCUGCAAAACACUGACCGAAAAGAUGUAAAGACAAAAAAGAUAUUUUUGCAACUUUUUGUCCAGUUCUGGCAUCUAGCUUCUGUAUGAUAUUGUGUAACUUAUCAAUUUAUGAGCCACACUGAAAUGAAAAAAGAAUCUUAUCAGUCUUUAUGCCUGUAUGGAGGAGUAAUUGUAGAUAAAUAAAAUUUUACUAAAUCCACAA